AAGUCAGUAAUCUGUUUGACAAGAAUGAAGCGCGACAUGUACUAGUUCGUCAUUCAGAAACCUAUCGCAGUAUCCGUAGAAACGAGCAUUUAUUAGUGGAACUGGCGAAACAACAAUAUUCCAUUCGAAUCAAUUUUGGUGGUGAAGCAAAAAGUUCUAGACAAUCGCAGUCCAACUUACGGGUCCCAUAUUGUCGUCACAUCGUCUGUGGAUGAUUUACGGUGUCCCGUUAUGCGUUGAAUAACAAUCGGUUUUGAGUAAGAUGUAAACAAAUUAUUUUAUUCGGAGAAAUUUUGGUGAAUUGCUUGGUGGAAUAUUCUCUCACAAAUCUUCAGAACGAAUAAACUGGGUUGCUUUAAUUUAACGGUUGAAAUUUUCUCUAGAGUGAAACUAAGUCGGAAGAAUUGUGUGCAUUCAAGUGUAUUUAGUAAAACGGAACGAAAGAAGCUCGUGUGUUGAGGUGUUCUUGCAGUAGAAUAUUGUUGGAGCGUGUCGGUGGUUUCGAAACGAGUAAAAGAAAUGAAAUCAGAAUCAGAUUUACGUCGCCGGAACAUUGGCGAUGAGCCGCUCCAGCUAUCAAAAGAUAACAAACAGCCAGCACAGGAAACCACAACGGCAGAAAGUUCGGAUCAUGUCGACUCGGAGGAGGAAAAGCUGCCAGACGAAAAGUAUGUGGAAGAGAUGGCCAAAACGAUACCCCAGGGAACGGACAAAACUCCGUCAAUCCUCGCAAACAUACUGCUUGGAUUACCAGAAAGAUGGAGGAAUUGGGUGAUACGAGGUAUAUUUACGAUGCUAAUGAUCUCUGGCUUCUGCAUCAUUAUCCACGGUGGACCUCUAGCGUUGAUGGUUACGGUCCUAGCAGUGCAGGUGAAAUGCUUCGAGGAAAUCAUCUCCAUUGGGUACUCGGUCUAUCGAAUUCACGGAUUGCCCUGGUUUCGUAGUCUAUCAUGGUACUUCCUGGUCACAUCCAACUACUUCUUCUACGGGGAAAAUCUCGUCGAUUACUUCGGUGUAGCCGUCAACAGCAUUGACUCACUUCGUGUACUAGUUAAGUAUCACCGGUUCUUCUCAUUCUGUCUGUAUUGCAUCGGGUUCGUAUGGUUCGUGCUAUCACUAGUCAAAAGGUACUACAUGAAACAAUUCAGCUUGUUCGCCUGGACCCAUGUUGCGCUGCUGAUUGUUGUCACCCAGAGUUAUCUAGUCAUUCAAAAUAUAUUCGAUGGUUUGAUCUGGUUCAUUGUUCCGGUUUCGAUGAUAGUUUGUAAUGAUGUGAUGGCUUACAUGUUUGGAUUCUUCUUCGGUCGGACUCCGCUGAUCAAGUUGAGUCCGAAGAAAACCUGGGAGGGAUUUAUCGGAGGAGGGUUUGCUACAUUGGUUUUCGGAUUAGUCUUCUCAUAUUUUCUCUGUCAGUAUCAGUUCUUUGUUUGCCCGAUUGAGUACUCCGUAACGAAGGGAGGAAUGCAGAUCGAAUGCGAACCAAGCUACCUAUUCCGACCUCAGGAGUACGUCAUUAAAACGUGUGGAUCAACGUACUCUUUUAUUAUGUAUCCAUUUAUGCUUCAUUCUCUGUCAUUGAGUAUCUUCAGCUCUGUAAUUGGACCCUUCGGAGGUUUCUUCGCAUCAGGCUUCAAGCGGGCAUUCAAAAUCAAAGAUUUUGGAGACAUGAUUCCUGGACAUGGAGGUAUUAUGGACCGGUUCGAUUGCCAAUUUCUUAUGGCCACUUUUGUAAAUGUGUACAUCUCCAGCUUUAUUCGUACCGCUUCACCGCAGAAAAUUUUGCACAUGGUUUACAGUUUGAAACCCGAGGAACAAUUGGAACUAUUCGUCCAGCUGCAAAGCAGUCUUGAGGAUCGUAACAUAAUCGUGAAUUAAAGUAGAUUUAUGGUGGUGUUAAAAAGAUGAAUGAAUUCUACCUACAAUCACAACGUGCUAUAUGCACUGAUAAAACAAACAAAAAAUAAAAAACGAUAUAGUUUAUUGUUUGUUAUCUUGUUUAUGAUCAUUUGUGUAUAAGCAUUAGGUUACAGCAGGUUUACUGCAUGAUAGUAAUUUUAUCAAGCAUCAACGCGUAUAAAUCUACAAGGAUAUUGUCAAGAGUUUACCUAUUGUAAAAUAUUUAAAUUUACAUUUCGACGCAAAAUGGUGGUUUAGAGUUUUACUUUAAUUUUUUAAGGUAGUGCUUCAUUCAUUAAUGUCUUCUAUAUUGUAAACAACAUAAUGAUAACAAAAUAUAUGAAAAAUAUACAUUCGCUUUAAGCGUGAUGAGGGUAGAUGUUCUUUUUCGAACAUAAUGGCCGUAAUGCUUGAAGUGAUGGAAUAUGAUACGACUAGAGAAUAUUAAUCGCAAAUAUGAAUCGUGCAAGAAGAGGAUAGCGGCUAUGAAGCUUCUACAUUCCGAAGUUGUCGAGUGAAUGCUACUGUAAUAUUCACUGAAAAUCGUUCUCUGAUAAAAUGGGACCGAUUGCUGCUCCAAAUUAACAGUCGAUUAGAAAAAUAUAUCGUGUCCAGAAUUGUUAUCUGUGCAAUUAGAUCAAUUAAUUAGCUCUAUUAUUGUUUUAUUAUUUUGGCUUUUCUUCUAGACUUCGGUGUAAUGUUUCGGGAAAGUGUUUGUUUCCAUUAUCGACUUUUCGGUAACCAUCGGUGCGCGAUGGUUUGACCAGGUGUAUAAGCUUUAUUUUACAUUCUCAAAGGUUUAGGUUAGUGUUAGUUAUUUAUAAAUACUUAGGUAAUGUAGAGAGUGUCUGUGCUUUUUGUUUUAUUUUUAUUAUAUUUUUUUUUAUAAUUGUUUGAGCUAUCUCUUUGUGAUUGUGUAGACUUUGUAGUGUUUCAAAGUCAACUUCAGGCUAUAAGAGCCAUUACGAAUAAAAUAUAUAUUUAUUCUACCAAAGCAUCGAAAGAAAUACACUAUCCUUAUACUACAUCUUGUUGUCCCCAAUAAUAAAGGAUAUUUAAUAUAGAAUAAAAAAGAUGCUUCAUUUCUAGUGUGUGUAGAAGAUCAUACAAGGAUAUAUAAAUGAACUAUUUAAAAGUCUACUUAAACUUGCAAUCAGAUAUGUGCAAAUAAGAAAAAAAUCAGUGUUACGUAUAUUGUUGUAAUUUACCAAGGAAAACCUGAUAAUCGAAAGUUACAAAGCCGUGCUGGAGACACUUGGAAUAUUUAGACAAACCGUCUAAACGAGAUUUUUAUCUUGAUGAGAACCCCUAAAAAUUUAUGAAUCCCAUUGAUGUCGACAUGUUAUAAUAAAAGGAAUACAGUUGUAGGAAAACAGAAA